UUGAUAAGAACCUGAUGAAGGUGGCUGCUCAGAACUUUGUCCAGAACACCAACAUCGAUAGCGGACAGAAAAUUAGUGAAGUUCCAGUGCAAAGAGUGGACAAAAAUCUUGAGGAAUUUUACGCCUUGUGUGACCAGCUGGAACUCUGCCUGCGCCUGGCCUACGAGUGCCUUUCCCAGAGCUUCGACAGUGCUAAGCACUCACCCACCCUUGUGCCAACAGCCACCAAGCCCGACGCAGUCCAGGCAGAGAGUCUGCCUUACACCCAGUACCUCAGCAUGAUCAAGUCCCAGAUCUCAUGUGCCAAGGACAUCCACAAUGCCCUCCUCGAGUGCUCCAACAAGAUCACAGGCAAGAUGCCCUCUCAGGGGGCCUUGUAACCUGCGAGGCUUUCAAAUCACUUCUGAAUUCUGACCCCCUGGGCAGAAGAGCCAAACGGGCUGGAAGAGGGCAGAACCAGAAUUCUGGUUCUCAGUCUUGCCUUCAGUUCGUCUCCGUCUCAUUUUUCAGCCCCAGGGCCUAUCCUGUGCAAUGCUCAGCUUCCUGACAGAGCUUGCGGGAGCCACCGAGCAACGAUAAUUCUGCCAACUGCAGGUCACAAAGCUCUCCUGGAGAUGGCUGGCCAGUUUUUCCUAUUUUUAUUUUCACUUAGGAGAAAGCUUCAUGAGGUCUGCCCCACAACAAUGACUCCCUCGCUGCUGGAGAUUUCAGAACUCAUAAUUUUAAAAAAAUCACCUAUUCCAAAGGGACUUCAGCCAGGUAGAGAAGGGCCAAAUGUCUUUCUUCGACUUAAUUUCCAGAAGGCAGAUCUGGGCAUGAAUACAACGUUCUGUGGACCUUGGUUAUCAAAUGUGUAUCUGUAAAAAGACGACUUCUGGGCUGAUGAAUAGGCUUCUAGAAGUGUAUCUUUGCUUACCUUUCUGUUAUACUUGGUAAAAGGCGAUAGAAGGCAUUGCAACACAAUAAAAUCUGCCUAAUGAGUUUAGUUUAA